AUGGCCAGCACACAGGCCGACGCAGGUUUCCAACGAGGCAUCGCAGCUUCAGCAAGUGUUGCUCGCCACGCCGCAAACGCGAUUCUCCUCGCAGGUCUUGAAAGCAUCCACUCUCGGUUAGUUGUGAGCCGCACCAGUUUUAACCGAAUAGUCCUCGGGUUUGUCUGGCCAGCCGUCUGUAACGUGCUCGCGAUUUUACUCGUAGGAGGAGAGUCCACCCCCGUCAAGUUUCGUAUUCCUCACGCUUACUCGGACUUGGAGAUGGUCAGCGUGAUACCUGUCAAUGUCUCCCUCGUGAUUAUGUUGCUGAAAGAGAACCUGUACCCUACUAUGGGUUACCAACACAUGAAACUGCAGUUGUAUGGCGAGGUCUCCCAUUCUGGGCAAACCCCCAUCUACCAAAGACUAUUUUUAGGGGCAUCCAAGAAAGAAGUUCAAAGCAAAGGCUCGACAACGCCACAAGAACUCAGAACCUUGUGGGUGUUCAAGAGUUCGACGUCGACUCACGCACGCUCUGGACUCGGCGGCUCUCAAGCCAUCUCCACUUUCCAACAGCCUCCCGCGUCUUGCACCAACCCGUUGAGUUUGAAGCAGAUUACCGUACUCUCGGCAGCUUCUGUGCUACAAGCCUUUGCGCCCGCCGCUAGUGAUUCACCUGCUCUGGCCCCUACUCCCAUCCAACAUCUUACGGAACGGCCUUUGAGAACACUCGGUACCUGGAUGACGACGAAGUCACCCGGAGAACGUGUGUAG